AUGGCAAACGCAGACAGUGAGGUCAAAACGUUGCUGAAUUUCGUCAACUUGGCAUCCAGCGACAUCAAAGCGGCCUUGGAUAAGUCAGCUCCAUGCAGGAGAUCCGUAGAUCACAGGAAGUAUCUGCAGAAACAACUGAAACGUUUCUCCCAGAAGUACUCCAGAGUCCCAAGGUGUCACCCACACAGGCCUGCGGAGUACGGGUGCGCGAAAUCGAUGGGAAGUGCGCAUCAGAGUGUGAAAGGCGCACAGAAAGAUGCGCAGGAUGUGGAGAAUGUGGGCAGCGCUGUGGAGCAGGUGCCUAUGAGGAAACGCCAACUGCCAGCCUCAUUCUGGGAGGAACCCAAGCUGACCCCGAGUAAGAAGGAGCAUUCGCAUCUAGGGUCAAAAAAGAUUCCUGGAGGUACGACAGAAGGAGGUGAAAACGAAAAGAGGAAAAGAGCCUAUGAUGAGGAGUCAAAGGCUGCUGUUUCUGCGUCUGCGCGGCGGAUCUCUGCGGACAAAGACGCACUGCAUUUGGACCGGACUUCUCACCACUGUGUGAGUUUGUACGGCUGCUGCCCCGUCCAGUACCACGGACACCAGGUCCUCCACAGUCACAUUGUCGUCCCCCAUCCUCCCCUGGGGCUGUGGAGCAAGGCAGCAGGGAGUGAGACAGAGAUACCUGAACAUCCUUAUGGACACAAAAUUCACACACACGUUGUGGUCAAACCCAUACCGACCAAACCCACCGUCCAAUCACCAAUCUUCAGUGUGUUUGGAUUCAUUUAA